AUGCGUUUACAAAGCGUUACGCUUAUUUUCUCCUUAGCUUCGAUCCCGGGUACCUUCAGUCACUAUUUUUUCCCUUACUUUAUUCACAACAGCAACUUCACCAAUUACUACGAGUAUGUCCGCGAAGACACACAGAAUUACAUGCCCUGGAAAGGCAAUUAUGCCAGUGAUGAUUUCCGUUGCAACACGAAUUCGUUCCAGCAUGCCAGCCAGACCGACGUCAAUAAAGUAAAAGCAGGCGAUCAGAUCGGGUUCGGCACCGACUUUGGCGCUUUAAUCGAACAUCCCGGGCCUAUGCAAGUAUACAUGUCCAAGGCUCCGGGAGAUGUCCGGGAUUACGACGGUUCCGGUGACUGGUUCAAGAUUUGGGAGCUCGGCCCGACAUCUUUCGGCAGCGACGGCAUUCAAUGGGGUGUGACUGAUAGAGCGAACUUUACCUUCACCUUGCCAAAGGAGACUCCCGCAGGUCAAUAUCUUGUUCGGAUUGAACACAUUGCGCUUCAUGGAGCUGGAGACUUUGGCGGGGCUGAGUUUUACUUCAACUGCGCCCAGAUCGAGGUUGAGAGUGACAGCACGGAAACCCCGGGGCCAGUUGUUAAAAUUCCUGGCGUCUAUACUGGAUAUGAGCCUGGUAUUUUGUUUUACAUUUAUCGCGACUAUUGGAGGAAUUAUACUAUGCCUGGUCCUAAAGUCUGGCCCCUCAGUAUUGGGAAUUCCAUCUACGCCGAAGGUGUCACUGGCACACCCACAGGCACAUGGUCGGCACCGGCUGUGACUCCUAUAAUGGGAUCCGCAACGGCCACGGCAAGCAAUCAAGUGUCUGGAUCCUCUACCAUGUUUUCUGCAUCACAAGCCGUCCAAACUCCUUCAAAAAAUGUCCAUUCCACACCUGUGGUGACAUCCGAGGCCGCAGACAAGGUCAUGUCUAGCCAGAGCUCCUCAAGCCAAAUCACCAAUAGUUGCGAGACAGUCACUGUUACAACAACUACCACAACUACCAUUUCUGACGAUUCGUUUACCACGAGUGAGAGCGGCUGUGUUCCCGAUACAAUUACGGCUACAGCCACAAUUACGGUCUUUGCAACUGACAACUGA